AUGUCCGCGGCGGAGGGCGGCACGGGGAGCGGCGGCGGCGGAGGCGGAGGCGGUGGGAGCGGUAGUGGCGGCGGGGACUCCACCAUUCCCUUCAUUGACGAUGACAGCGGGUCGUCCGCCUCGUCGUCGUGCGCCUCCUCGGUGCUGGGUGACGACGACGACUCUGCUUCCUUGAGCCGCGUGCUGGACGACGCCGCCUCCCGCGAGCUGAGCAUCAACGGCCUCCACGACGACCUCACGUCGCUCUCCUGUGGCUACACGUCCCUCGAGGCCCACAGCGACGCCCGUAGCCGAAGUAGCAGCGGCGAGGAGUCCCAAGCCAAAUCCCGGGCGGGGUCCGAGCGAUGGUCGUGGCGGCGGUCCUCGGGCGGCUCGCAUAGAACUUCCAAGUCCAGCAUCAAGUCCUCGGACAACCUGGACGAGGAGCAGCGCGCCCAGGAGGCCCAGCCCUCCCUGCCCCCUCCCUGCCGCCCUGCGACACCUGCCGACGCCCCCACCGCUGAGGCCAACACCCUCCCUCCAGGGCACGAUGCGUCCCCGUGUGAGGCGGGCGUGGUCUGCCCUGAGGCGGCUGUCUCUGUUAAGACCCCCGUGGAAGCCCUUCGUAAAGCCUCAUCGAAAGAACUUCCACCCACGAUCCCGACGCCCUGCGGCCCCGGACCAUCACCAGGCCUGAGCAACGGCCAGAUGACGCCCCAGGCUCGCCUCAGCUUCCUGGGCCAGGAGGCGUGGCCGCCUGGAGGCCCCGGGCCGGAGCUGUUGGUCCCGCUGGUGACGUCCACGCCCCAGACCAGCGGUGCGGGCCGCCCCACACCCCACCACUACAUCUCCUCCAUGCGGGUGGCCUCCAUGCGCGGGGCGGCGGACAUGGGGGGCGCCCUGGUGGCCCGUGUCGCGACCUUUCUCAGGACACAGUACAAGAACCUCACGUCUAGCCCUCUGGUGCUGCCCUGGUGCCCCGCCUUCAGGAUGGACGUGAGUGACUUCGACACAAGCCUGGUGCAGGUGCCCCUCGCGCCCCAUCUUAAGGUUCCCCCGGGUCUCCUCAGCCUGCCCGCCAUCCUGCAGUCCCACCAGCUGUCGUUCAAUGAGUCCACGGUGGAGGAUCGGCCCAAGAGGGUGCUGGUGGAGGGCGACCCGGGCUACGGCAAGUCGACUCUGGCACUUAAGUUAGCUUACGACUGGGCAGCGGAUCCCACCGGCUCCUACUUGUCAUCCUACAGCCUGGUGUUCGUGGUGACUCUGAGGGACUUCCGGGGUGGUUCACUCUACUCCCACCUGUGCAAGGAGGUGCUACCCCGCCACAUCCUCAGCAAAGAGGCCAUGAACACCUUGUGGAACCACCUCAAGAAGAUUGAAGAGAAGGUCUUGUUCCUGCUGGUGGGAUAUGACGAGCUCAGCGAGGAGGAGAGUGGGGACAUCACUGAGCUCAUUGAUGGACAGAUGCUUCCCAAUGCAACUGUGGUACUCACCUCCCGGCCGGGAAGCUUCAAGCCAAUGCCAACACUCCUGCACCGCCGCCUCCUCAUCGCCGGCCUCGCCCCGGAGCAAACCCACCAGUUUAUCACCAAGUACUUCCAGGCCAUCAACAAACCCGGCAGUACUUCUGAGGUCAUGUCUUUGGUCACAGCGAGUCGAGAGAAGUACGGUGACCUGGUGACCUGCCCUAUCAUGUGCCUGGCCCUGGGGGUGCUGUAUGAGGAUCUUGGGGGGAAGCUGCCCUCACGCCUCACUGACAUGUACAUGGCCCUGGUGAAACACAUGAUACGCAAGAACCUAUUGAGGCGUGGAGAACCCAUGUGCUAUGAUGUGCUGCCUGACAAAUACAACAAACUACUUUCUGACUUUGGCAAACUGGCUCUGGAGGCGCUGAAGUGCAACACGCCUUACUUCACGGGCCAGGACCUCAAGACACGCUGCCAACAUGGGGGUGAAGUGGUGGAGCUUGGUAUCCUCCUCAAGAUGCACUCCAUGUCCAAGCUGAGCAAGAAAGACCAUUACACACCAAUCCACAAGUCCUUCCUGGAGUUCCUGGCUGCGUUCUACCUCUCUGGCCUCAUCCACGACCCCUCGCUGCUUCAGGUGGAGAUUGACAGCAUAGCGGAGAAACUGGACAUUACUCAGCCUGUCCUUAGACAAAACUCCGGCCUGAUGAUGCUGCGUUAUCUGGUGGGUCUGCUUGGCCGCAACGCUCACAUCAUCUUCAACAUCGUGUCCCAAAUGGGUGUGCCACAGCGCAUCCUGUUCCUCCUCCUUAAAGAGAGUGGCAUUUACCAGAUGAAUGUAUUGGAGGAGCGUGCAACAGGCAUGUACCAGAAGAAUGUGGUGGAGGUGUGCAAACAUGUAUCGGGGAGAGAACAUGUGGUGAUACAAACCAACUCCCCUGAGCUGGAGGACUGGGGGAGACUCCUCUACUCCCCGGACUGUCUGCUGGAGGGUGUGGAGGUCCUACUGGAUUUUGACGGCACCUCCAGGGAUCGGCAGGAAUCCUUCUUCACCUCCAUGUCCUUCAAUGAAAGCGUCAAGAGUGUGAAGCUGACCUGUGUUGUGGGUGGGGAGUUUGGGGUGUCCGAGGUGACGCGAUUGGUGUCCUACGUGCGGGCAGUGCUCACCAAGAGGCGGCUGGAGUCCUUUGAGAUCCAGGUGACAUCUCUGGAGGAAGCAACGACUGAGAUCCUGAGUCCUGUGGUGGAGAUGAUCUGCGACACGCUCCCGGAGUUGGCCCAGUCCCUCAACAAGCUGGUGGUAGCGCUUGAGCUUGAUGGACAGCAGGUGAUGCAGCUGUGUGAAGUGCUGCAGGAGGCGCCCCAUGUAAGGGUGCUGCACCUGCCCCACCUGGCUUGUGGGCUAGAGGGGCUGCAGGCUGUGGCACGCCUUGUGGAGACCAACCCUCUUGUGUCCCUCAACCUGGCGGGCUCCCUCAGCUCUGGCACCCCAGUGGAGGAGCGAUGCACAGGGACGGGGGCCAGCACUCCCUCCCCAACCCGUGAGGACCCGGCUCCUGCCCCACUCUCCUUCUGGAACUUCACCGAUGCACAGGGCAACACUCGCUCUGUCUUCAACUCCCUACCGCGCUCCUUCUACCAGUCGCUGCCCCGGAGAGGAAGGCUACACUCCCUGUCAGCAGAUAAACGCAACUCAGACUCCACCCUGCUACAGCGCACCUCCUUCCCACCGCCCACCUGCAGCCCCUCCAUUCAUGCCAACGGCUUUCAUGAGAUCUUCUCGGCGUUCCGCAACCCUGUGUCGCGCGUGUGUCACCUCAACAUCAGUAAAUGCACCCUUGGGGCAGAGGAUCUGGUGUGCCUCGGGGAGACGGUGCGCUUCACCCGCUGCCUCUCCUCCCUCAGGAUGGAAGGGCUGUCCAGGAUGGCAGAAAUCAUCCCUGUCCUCAUUGCCCUUCAGGAGAACACCAGCCUGCAGCUCCUGGACCUCACCUCUCCUCACAUCCUGCUGGGAGAUGCUGCUUUACAGGUCACCCUCACUGCCCUGGCCAAGAACAAGUCACUAAGGUUCUUGGUCCUCAAUGGCUGGACUAUACAGGUCGAGAGUGAGCGGUCAGUACGGGAAGUGACACAGUUCCUGGCAGUGACGGAGCUACAGCACAUUGACCUGGGGAGCUGCAGGGUGAUGGUGACAGUUCAUGAAGGGGUACUGGCUCGGCUCUCCCGCCAGGAUGACCUCCUCUCAGCGCUGCAGGAAGGUGUCCCACCACUGCACAACAACACCCUGGCAUUCCUCAACCUGGACAACUUUGAGGUGACCCUCAACAACAAGGUUGUGCUGCGAGGCCCACAGCUGCUGUUCCUGCUGCGUCACUUCCCCAAGUUGGUGGAUGUGUCGCUUGCCUCCAGUCUUGGCUCUGAUGUGAUAGAUGAUGCCACCACACACCGCCUCUUCUCCCUCAUGUCCAGUACUUUCCCAUUCCUGCGCCGCCUCACACUGUCGGGCUGGGUGUUCUCCCUUGACAACUGUGACAAGGUGAUGAGGGCAGCAGGGAAACAUCUGCGUGGCAGUCAGCUGCGUGAGGUGUUCCUAAGUGGCGUUGAGGUGAGGGAGUCAAGUGGGACGCCUGGGCUGGAGCACUCGCUGCUGGCUGCCCUCACUACAAAUCUGCACCACCUCACCCUCCUCUCCCUGGCUGGCCUCAAGCUGUCCCCCACGCAGGCUGCUGUGUUUGGCAAGACCAUGCGGGACAAAAUGGCAUCAUCAACUUUGGAGAUUGAGACUCGUGGGCUCGGCUACCCAGCGGUCAAGGCAAUGCGUCAAGCACUCACUGACGGCGGCCGCUACGAGCUGGAGUUCCUCGGGGGUCCCUCCAGCACUUACAAGGUGAAGAAGAUUGACCGUCGUGAGAAGCUGAUCGGGAAGUGGGCAUGCAUCUCCACCCUGGACCGCCUCACUGAGCUGUGAAGGAUGGCAAGCACUGCAGCUGUUGUGCAAAGUUGCUGCUGGACACUCCUGGAGACAUGCCCCCUCCUCUGGGAACAUGCAGGGCCAACAGGAGCCUCAGGCAGUGUUAGAAGACUCACUUCAGAAUCUCAGAAACUGUGGAGAGAUUUAGUUCCCGUGCUGUGUUUGGGUGUUGAAGAUAUAUUCUGGUGUUCAGCUGCUGCUGUCCCCAAAAUGUACCCUUGCACUGUGAUGUAGCAACCCGGAGGUCUUAUGAGUGUGAUAUAGCAUUAAUUAUGUGCGUCUUGUUUGUGCCCGUGUGUGUGUGUGUGUGUGUGUGUGUGUGUGCGUGUGUGCGUGCGCGCAUGCAUGUGCAUGUGUAUGUAUGUGUGUGUGUCCAUGCGUGUGUACGUGCAUGCCAUAUUGGAAGCAAUAAUCAGAGGAUAACAGACUCAUGCCGUGUGGCAUGGCAUCACUGGUGCUGUGUUAAGAGGCAUCCUUCCGGGAAAUAUUUAUUUGACACAAAGUAGAGGAGUUCUCUGGGCAUCGUAUGAAGACACAAUUUCUUACAUUUUUAAGUAGACCAGAGGCAGCAUUGAAGGAUAGAAUAUGCAUUAUUGCUUCCCAGUUUGUGCCAAAUCUGACAUGCAUUUAUUUCAACCCUCUGUCUCCCACACUGGCACAAGAGGUAGCAGGAUGUGAGCCCCACACAUGGUAGUUGCCCCUCACUCCCCACCAUGCUGAGAAGAGUGAGUUGCAUGCAGGUAUAGCUGGGCAGUGAGAUGCCAUGUGACCACCAUCAGUAAAAAUAGCUGAUACAUUGACAACAACAAGAAGAGCUUCCUCUUGGCCAGCCAGGUGCUCUACAAAUCUCCUUGUGCUUCCUAUCAGGACUUUGCCUUAUUUUCGGAGACCUCAUAACUGGAGGGCAGAGAAGCCUUGGUGCUUCAUGUGCUGGUAGACAAAUGGAUAGAGCAUCAAGGUGUGUUUGACUGGUGGGAAGAUGUGAUGUGUAUGGUUGAUCUUUGUUGUUUAGGAUUUUGAAGAGUUGAAUAGUAGGACUGCAUAUAACUCAGAAAGGUUGGCUUGGAUUUGUGAUAAUUAAGAACAGUUGGAGACAUUUGAGAGUAACUCAUGUAGACUGAGACAGUAAAGAUUGAGUUUGUGAGGAAUAUUGACAAGAAGAGUACUGAACUGAACUGAAAAGGGUUCCACUGAAGUAGUAGUUUACUUAUUAAUAGUUGAAGUUUACUGAGCAGGGUUUGGAAGGCAGUGAUGUUUACAAGGUUUGUGAGUGUAUAAACUUAAUGUGCUAGAGUGGAAUUACAAAAGUGUUUUUUUUAGUUGCAGUCAUUCCUAGACAGCAAGCCAGCCGGGUAUGGCUUGUGUGAGUAAUUCAUGCUGGAGACAAAGGCUGGAGGGACUGAUGCUAUGUUGUAUUACACUGGAAAAAAUCCUUGAAAAUUGAAUUCUGGGAUAAUGAUAUAAUUGUUUAGGAAGUUGCUAUUUUUAUUGUAUAUAGUUUUUGGUAGUGUGCAGAAGCCAUUCAUGUAUGUAUCCAUCUCAUUGUUUUAGUGAGGUGAUAGAGACAAGUCACGGUAAUAACACAAUGUACCUGGUCAGUUGUCAGGUCUACCCCACCCUCCCUUGCAUGCCCCACCAAGCCAGGCUGUUGCCCCACCCUGGCACACCAUGCAACACUCAACACCACCCAGUACACUGUCUUGUUUUGGUAGAUAUGUAUACGCACUCCUAUAUACAGCAUCCUUCACUACAGUGUUCAGUGUCAUUCCAUGUGUGUUAACAAACUUACCACUUUGCCUUCUGCAUGACUCAUUCACUGUGUGCUCAAAACACAGAGUUGGGACAUGUCUCUCUUUUGGUGUAUUGUUUAUUAUAGAAAUUCCAUGUUGUAGCUAAAUGUUAAUGAGUUUUUUUUUAUUUCAUUGGUAUUUUUAUGCAUUUACUCAUUUUUUAAUAAUAAUAGUGUUACUUUUUUUUAUGGCAGAGAAAGUUUGUGUAGUCUAUAGUUGAUUUGGUCUAGACAGUGGAAAGUUGUUUUGUAUUCGUCAGUUUGUUUGUGUGAUCACUACACCGCUCUUGGGGGAAGGAAAGCACUCUACCCUGCACACCUCCUUACCUACAGCCUCAUAGCUUUUAUUGCUCAUUAUUUUUCUCAUUCGUGGCUACGAUUGUGUGAUUACUACUACUACUGCUACUGCUGCUGCUGCUAAUGCUACUGCUACUGCUGCUGCUACUGCUACUGCUACUGCUACUGCUACUACUACUACUACUACUACUACUACUACUACUACUACUACUACUACUACUACUACUACUACUACUACUACUACUACUUUUCUACCUUACCACCACCACCACUACCACCACCACCAACAACAACAACAUCAACCACCAACAUCAACCACCAACAUCAACCACCACCACCACCACCACCACCACCACCUAGAGGCAGAGGGUAAGGCAUGAUGAGGCAUGAAACAGGACAAUCAUGGUGCACACAUAUUUCUUUAAUUAAGAGAGAGUGCCUGCUGGUCUGUGUAGUCCACAACUACACUCGAUAUCUUUCUCCACUAUCUCAGGCUUCCAAAUCUUCACUGCCCAGUAGGGAAUCACAUAUAGUUUGGAAUCAGGACUGAAAUUCAUGCUAACUUCAAACCUGCCACUGUCAUCAUCACAGCCCUCUUGAAAUGCAUGACAGCCACCAAGCUGCCAUCACCGCUGCCCUGCCUCUGUACUACAUUUCAGCUCACUUGUGCCACUGUCUCAAGUCAGGUGGCUUUUUCAGGGAAAGAAAAGUACCUGACUCACUUUUUUAUGUCUUUUAUACUACCAACCUGAAGUAUUUAUGUGUGAUGGUGGUGGUGAUAUAUGUACUUGUAUGUGCAUGUCCCUAAGUCAUUCAGGGAGAUGUCCUGAAAUUAAUAAUUUAGGGAGUGUAAUUCCUCACAACUGAGGGAGGGUUUGUUACUUGGCUUUCUGAAGCAAAUUUGAAAUUAAAAACUCCCAUAACCAAAAGUGCUCUGAAAAUGCAUGUGUAUUGCUGCAUGUAAUAAACAAAAUCCUCAUAGGCUUUAUUCCAUUUACAUACAUUUUUUCCUCAGACUCAUCAUUAAGAUAAUAUUAUGAAUGAUUUCCACUUUACAUAUAGUGUGUAUCUUAGAAAGUGUUUUUAUAAUCACCAGAACUCUGUAGGUGAGUUUGUGAACACCCCUUUCCCUCUGGUCUCAAGGUACGAGAUUUUUAAGAUGUAUUUUGUCAGGUUUUGACCUCUGUCCUCACCCUCCUUGCCUAUUCCCUCAGUGAUCUGUGAAGUGCCCAACCAGGAUCUCAGCAGGUCUGACCUGUGGCUGGGUUACUAGAGGUCAUGAUUGUGGAACGGUUCCCUUCUUACUCCUUUCCUCAGUUAGACUAGUGAAAGAGGAGUUGGCAACAUGUACAUAGAAGCAGUGUUAUGGCAGUUAUUAGGUAGUGAUGAGAGAAAACCUUUAGGUCAGCCAUCAGUGUGAGUGAAAACAGACUGUUGUGCACUUGUUGCAGCCACCUGUGUGUUGCCAGCACUGCAGCAGUGCAGCACACCAGCCAUGUAGGGGUUAGUGUCUUGUAAAUAUAAGUGAUAGGAACUAAUUACAUGUUGGAAAAAAGUUGAUUUGGCCUUGUUGACAUUGAUAGUAUUUUACAUCCCAAUAGUUCAUGUUGAUGUUACAUAUAUAUAUAUAUAUAUAUAUAUAGUAUAUAUACGAGUAUAUAUAUAUAUAUUAUAUAUAUAAAGAUAUUUAUGAUACCAGAAUCUUCUUUGUAUGUCUAGCAGAGGCAUCUCUACCUGUGUUAGUGCAUAUUCAACCCUGUGCAUUACUUUAUUUACAUGUACUGUAUAUUCUUAUUCUCUUACCAGUCUUUGUUGUUAUCCAAGAUCCGAUCGGAUUAUUUUGGUGUGUCAGUUGAAGGAUCCCAGAUGAUUACUAUUGUUUUGCUAGUCACCUUUAUCCAGUGGGCGAUGAAGGGGAGGGUGUGGCCAUGCAGUGCUGUGUGCUGCAUGUGUGUCUGUAUUUGCUGUACAAGGUUGCACCCAAACAGCUGAUACUUUCAAUUACAUAUAUGUACAUUUAGUUAACCGUUAAGACUUAGGUAUGCAGUUAUCAUCAUAUGUACAGGUGUUUCCUUCACGCAUACAAUUAUGAAUACUUAUGUAUAGGUAACUUUUUUUUUUUAUGUACAGGUGUUCCCUUACCUUCCAUGUGUACUUUACAUUUUGUACAUUUUCAACUCUUCCCCGUCCCCUGUUGCUGGUCUUGGUGUGCACAGACUGGUGCCCCGUGUGUCCAGAUACAGGUGCACACUCACUGCUGUGCUACACCUGCAUCAUGAUGUGCACACAAUUGCUCAGUGGUGCUCACAGCAAGUCAUUGGUGCACAGAGUCACUCCAUAGUGUACACAGGCAGUGGUGUACAUACCCCUCAGUAUUGACAGGUUGUGCUUCCCAGCAAGCAACGUGAUUGGAAUAAAUGUGAAAAUGUG